CGCGCAUUGUUGUGUGGUUCGAUAAUUUCUUAUCGUUAUGUCUUCCGUCGCUUUGCCGGCGAUGAGCUGCCGGAGCUCAGGAGAACAAGUGAAGGAAAUUCGCGUUUGUACGAAUCGCACCUGCCGGAGACAAGGCUCCUUCCAGAUUCUCGAGACUUUAACGGCUCUCGCACCUCCCGAACUCCGAGUCAUUCCCUGCGCUUGCCUCGGCCGAUGCGGCUCUGGUCCAAACCUCGUGGCUCUCCCUCAAGGUCUCAUCCUCCGUCACUGCGCCACGCCUUCUCGAGCUGCUGAAAUUUUGUUCAGCCUCUGUGGUGACGGUCGUGAAGCUUCUUCCUCCUCCGCCGUCACAGACGCCCUCACCGCUUUAGCGUUAACCAACAAUGCUCUCUCUCAAAUCGAUGCGGGAAACUUCUCGGAAGCCGAAGCACUUCUCACUCAGGCUUUAGAGCUGAAACCCUACGGUGGCUUGCAUAGAAUCUUCAAACACAGAUCAGUAGCAAAACUGGGAAUGCUUGAUUACUCUGGGGCUCUUGAAGAUAUAAGCCGUGCUCUAGCAUUAGCUCCUAACUAUUCUGAGCCCUACAUUUGCCAAGGGGAUGUCUACGUAGCAAAAGGUCAAUAUGAUCUUGCAGAGAAGUCCUACUUGACAUGUCUAGAGAUAGAUCCUUCUCUUCGCAGAUCGAAACCAUUCAAGGCCCGGAUUGCUAACCUUCAACAGAAAGUUGUUGAAGUAGAUGUGACAUAGAAGUAUUCUGACACUUGGAGUUGUAUUGGAUGUACACUGAAUACUGUUGCAAUAAAUGUCUCUUUCCUUG